UACGCAAUCGAUAUCAAUGCCUGCCGUAUUUCUGUCAUCAUUUCGCUCGUGAUAUGUGGUUCGAAAGAUCAUUGUGUAUGUUCUAUUCUCUCUUUGUUGCAUUUAGCAUUAAGAAGUAGGUCUGUUUCUUGGCACGAGAGACAAAAAUCGAGGUAGUGUUCGUUAACGUGCUUCGCUAUAGCGUAAACGAAGGAGAGGAGGAUCGUUUGAUGAUCCAAUUUAAACGUACGAACAUUCGUACGUUUUAACGAAGACAAUAGUAAGAGGGACCAUAUUAAAAUGAAGAAGUGACCAUAAGGAAAAUCGAGAGAGACAAACGUCGACGUUUGUGACCGUUGUUUCGACGGAUAAAGAGCGAAGAUUCUUGAAUCAAACGAAGGUGGAUUCUCGAAACGUCAUAGUCGUUUCCAGCGAAGCUGUCUUUCUCUUCCAUAAGAGAAAGUUGAACGUGUCAACGUCCUCUCUUUCUUUCUCUCUCUCUCUCUCUCUCUCUCUCUCUCUCCCUCUCUGUUAUUUUUCUUUGAGUAAUCUCAACCGGUAUCCGGCUUGUAUCCGGUAUGCGAUCGUAUUCGGAAUAAAGAUCCCAUGAAGACGAUCCCUUUUCGUCCGACCGAAUGACAGGGAACGUCCCUGAAUAAUGCAGGAAGAAUCUCUGGUGAUAAAAUAAGCGUGCAUCUCGAAAGGAUUCGAAAAGAUUUUUGACAUAAAGAGAUAGAAGAAUUGUAAGAAAAUCGUAAACGAGACCAAAGAUUUCGAUAACGUACAAGAGGGCCAAAGAGAGGGGAAGGAUUUGAAAGAGAAGGACGAAAAGGGAGUGGAUAAAGAGGAGUGAGAGAGCGACCGAACGAGAGCGAGCGAGAGAGAGGGAGAGAAACGUCGAUCGCGGUCGUAGGACGAUGUUGGCCUUCUGCGGCGCGAAGGAAAAUCUCGUAACCGACGCAGUGACGUCGUCGUGAGGGACUCGUCUCCUUGAUACCCAAGACACGAAGCGUCGUGCCAUUUCUUCGAUGUCGAACAUGUUUGGCUGUCCGAGGGAGGCCGUGCGAGUCAAAGUGAAGAAAUGCGAGACCAGGCAUCAACCGGAAUAUCGAAAAUUCAGCGUCGAUCCGCAGAUAACAUCGAUCGAAGUUCUUCAAAGUAUACUCAUCAAGGCAUUCGAUAUAAAAGGGGAAUUUACCGUUUCGUAUCGAGCGAUAGACGAUUAUGGCUCGGAAACGUAUCUCUUCCUACUUUCCGAUUGGGACUUGGACGCCGCAUUCAUCAGUGCGUCGGAACCUUACCUCUAUUUGCAAGUGAAUCUAAAGCCUUUCGGUGAGACAGGCGAUUGCGAUUGCUAUUGGGAACAGAAUGCUCAGGAGGUGGCAACGAGACACCAGGAAACUGGCGGCUUUCCAUAUAAAACUCCAAAGUUACCUGGCCUCAUAAUGAAUAAGAUGGAAAGAACUUUAAACAUGGUGCAGCGGGCGUUGGGUAACUUGAGCGACGAAUCGUCGCACCAACAAAGUGUUCAGCCUCCUAGGCCACCUCUGACGGAUGCGGAAUUUCGUCGAUUUUUGGAUCCCAUCGGUCAGGUGAUACAUUCGAAAGAAUUAAGGGCGGUUAUUUACUUCGGUGGGAUCGAGCCCAGUUUACGAAAAGUCGUUUGGAAACAUAUUCUCAAUGUUUAUCCGGAAGGUAUGUCCGGCCGCGAAAGGAUGGAUUAUAUGAAAAGAAAGGCCCAGGAAUAUCAAAAUCUUCGUGAGAGAUGGCGGGUAUUGGUUCAGAAAGGUCAAAACGUUGGAGAUCUUGGAUAUGUUACUGGUAUGGUUAGAAAAGACGUUCUCAGAACGGACAGACAUCAUAAAUUUUAUGGAGGUUCGGAUGACAAUCAAAAUACGGCGAGCCUUUUCAAUAUUUUGACGACUUACGCUCUCAAUCAUCCGAGCGUUAGCUAUUGUCAAGGCAUGAGCGACCUGGCGUCGCCUCUUUUAGUUACUAUGAGGGACGAAGCGCAAGCCUACAUUUGCCUUUGCGCGCUUAUGAGAAGAUUGAAGGACAAUUUUAUGCUGGAUGGCAUCGCGAUGACUACGAAAUUUGCCCAUCUUGCCGAGGGUUUACAACAUUACGAUCCAGAAUUUUACGCCUAUCUAAAGUCACACCAAGCGGACGAUCUUCUAUUUUGCUAUCGCUGGCUUCUAUUGGAAAUGAAACGAGAAUUUGCCUUGGACGAUGCUCUAAGGAUGUUAGAGGUGCUCUGGGCUGCACUCCCUGCGCAACCGCCUAACGGUGAACUAAAUCUCGCCGAAGUACCUUUCCCACCACCUUCGCCACCGCCCAGUCCAAAUGUAAAACACAUUCGUGAGAACGCUUACACGAAGGUCUGUGCGAUUAGGCGACAAAGUUCAUCGGCGUGCAUAGCAGCCAAUGGAAAACGAAAAAAUGUCAGCAUUGAAGAAUCUGGAGUACAGCCAGCUGCGGAAAGGAACGGCGAUAUUAAGAGAUCCAAUUCUCCUUACGAGACAUCUUCGGAGCCAGAAAAUGAUUUGACCUCAACCAAGAAUCGUAGAAAUUCCGAAUCGACGGAAAAAUGUUAUAGUACGGAUUCUUUGACCGGAAAGUCGAAACGCGUUAAUCUGUUGGAAUUGAAAGAAAGAUUAUCUCUUCAAAGUAGAGAACAAAAUAAAGGUACCGAACAAAAUGAUACGCCGGAAAAAAAGUGUGUGCGCGUUGUGAAAAAUUUGAACGAAUUUUUAAAUUUCACUAGCCUGAAUCGAAGUAAAGUAACGCCUAGCGAUGCCGAACCAGAACUUAGGCGAGUUUCAAGCGAGAGCGGUGUUCUUAGAGUUCUUAGGGACGAACCAAGUUCACCGGACGAUCCAACAGAUUUUUUUCCAAUGACUACUUCGAUGACAAGAGAAUUAAGACUGGAAUUGGAAUCUCUCGAUCGGCAAGUCUUUGGUCCUUCCCCACCGAGCGAACAACAAUGUGAUUGCGUUCUUUCGAAACGAGAAAGCGAACUAGCAGAAAGUGAAACGGAAACGGAACUAGCUAGGUGUAGUCCAGUGGCAGAUGUGUUUGUGUGGGAAAAUCCGCUACAUACUUUGCAACAAAAGCAUCAUCCUGCGACUCCGGAUGAGCAAGCUGAUCUCGAAUACGAUGGAGAGAUAUUGGAAGAUCAAAAUGGUGUCAAGUCUGUAACGCCUAUCAGAUUGCUUAAACGAAAUGCAAGAUCUGAAUCUGCAUCGGAUAGCGAGGGUACGGAAAGUUGGCAUCAAAAUACGGAGGCACCUGAGAGUCCAACGAAACAACCGGUCCAGGAGCAUUGCGAAGAAGCGACAGAGCUUACAAACUUGAUCCCAGCAGGAACCAGCGAGGAUCAGUCGGGAGAAAGUUCUUUACCACCACCGCAUGAAUUUGGCGGUGGCAAUCCCUUCCUAAUGUUUUUAUGUAUUACAUUAUUGUUGCAACAUAGAGACUUUGUGAUGCGGAAUCAGAUGGAUUACAAUGAAAUGGCUAUGCAUUUUGAUAAAAUGGUUAGACGACAUAAUGUGAUUAGAGUACUUAAUCAGGCAAGACAAUUAUUCGCCGGUUAUCUAAGAAGACAUUCCGUAACGUCGGCUAUUGGAAAGUCGGACUGCGUGAACGUUUAAAAAAAAAAUAAUGUAGCAUAUUUUCCCGGAGCUCUUCCAUUGAAGCAUACGCGACGAAUAAAAUAUAUAUUACGUACUAAGUCUUUAAACGGUUAACAUACCUUUAUGCCAAUAAUUAACGUUUCAUAACACUCGUUAAUUGAAAGCUCCAUUUUUGCAAUAUUUUACUCGACACGAAGGACGACUCCAACGAAGUGACACAAAUUAUUUGUCGCGUAUAUAAAAUAUAUCGAAUAUUGACGCGCGCCUUGAGACGGCAUUCAGCCUUAGCCGGCGAAUGGCACGCGUUAAGCUCCGUUACGGCGUUCGCUUACGCACGACACCACCAUAUCUCGAUACGAAUGCACAAUAAAACCGUCAGCACCGCGUCGAUAAACCCUUUCAGCGAACCCUUUCGGCUGUACCUCGAAUUAGGAUUAAUCCCUAGCUUAAAUUUGUAAAGUAUCUUUAACUACCUUAGCGGCUAUAUCUUAAUUUGUUCUCAAACGGUAUGCUUGAGAAACGACAAUAAAGUGCAUUUAAUUUUAUCUCUA